AUGGCUGCCAAUAAUAUCCUUAUCCAAGUUGGUCAGUGCGGAAAUCAGAUUGGUAGAGAUUUUUGCAAUUUCAUCGAAAACGAUAAUGAUGACAGUACGUCAUCAAUGUCUCACAUUUAUCAGCAUUAUGAUAAAAAGCUAAGAUGCCUUUGCGUCGACAGCGAACCCAAGGUUAUCUCGAACUUACUGAACAAGUAUGAAAAAAGCUAUCGCAAGAAAAAUAUUUUUUCGGGACGUUCUGGUUGCGGUGCUAAUUGGGCUCUCGGUUACCACGGAUUUCAGAAUGUUAUUGGCCCAUCAUUUAUAGAUGAUUUUUUAAAUGCAUUAAGAAAGGAAGUGGAACGUUGUGACUCGUACAUGGGAUGUAUUAUGCUUCAUAGCACAUGCGGAGGUACUGGAUCAGGUUUAGGUUCCAGAAUCUGCGAAGCUAUCAGAGAAGAAUACCCAAUAAAUUACAUAUUAUCUGUUGGUGUGUCUCCUCAUAGAUCAGGAGAAAGCCCAUUACAGUGCUACAACUCGAUGUUAUCGCUAUCAUAUUUACAAAACUACUCAGAUGGCAUAAUUCUUUAUGAAAAUGAUGACGUUAUCAACCGAAUAAUGUCCCUUCGGUCAAAGUCUGAAUCUUCUAAGGCGGUUUCUCUAGAGGCAAUGAAUAGCUACAUUGCGAGAAGCCUAGCAGGAAUUAUAUCACCCUUAAGCUCACCCAAGUCAAAUGUAGCAAGUUGUGUAUUUCCGGGUAGAGAACCUUGGGAAAUGCUUCAGACAACAUGUCCAAUGCCAAUCUUAAAAUUUACCGGUAUUAAGUACUUAUCGAAAGGGGUAGCUUGGGAUAGUUUAGUUCGUAACUACGUCCAAACUAAUUGCAGACCCAAAUCGGGAACUGUUUUAGAUUCUAUUUCCUGUCUAGCGGUUGCAAGAGGUGAUAGGGAUCAUUCCUUUUUCAAUUUCAUGCCAAGAUUAAACGAAAACUUGAAAGCAGCGUAUCGAUGUGUCAAUUGGAAUCCGUUUCCUAUUGACUAUUGGACAGCUGAAAAAGACUGCUCAAGGAGCGCCAGUUCUGGUAGUAGAACUCUAUACGUUUGCUCAAAUAGUUGUGGUGUUAUAGACUACUUCGAUCAUAUUCUGUCGAAAACAUCAACAAUGUAUGAAGCUAAAGCUUUCCUUCAUUGGUAUUGGAAAUACGGUUGCUGUGAGGACGACUUUUGCGAGGCCCGCGAAACGUUACAGAGUGUAGCUCUAAAUUACAGAGAUACCUUAAAGCAAUGA